AUGGCAUCUUUAGCAGCACCUGAAAACGGCACAGCCGUCAUGGAGAAGGAGAACGGUGCGGCUCAUGAGAAUGGUGUCGCCAUGAGCGAAAAGAGGGAAAUUCCCGUUCGCACAGUCAGCACAAAGUCUAUACCACCACCAGGCCAGUCACUAACCGGCAAACAAGAGCAUUACCUCAAACGUGAACUGAUCUCCGAACAAGUCAAGAGAGAAAUCUCAGAACUCAACUCGCCGACGGCAUUGCGCCGCUUUGGCGCUCCCUUCAAAUCAGACCUGGGUGAAGUUUCACCACUAGACUCCGACCUUCCAAUCCUCCGAUAUAUCUUUGUUCACCAUGUGCGCGAGUUCCCGUUCCUCGACAAGGCGAGGGAGAAGGAGUUUUGGCAGGACAAGCUGCAGGUCUUCCUUGAGUCCUUUGCUAGUAAGAAUAUUUCGUCCUCGGAGGACCGUCUGGAGGAGACCAAGAGGCGUAAGCUUGCGCUCAAGGCGCAGAAGUUGGUUGAGCUCAUGAUUGUCUCUGGCGUGCCCACCUCAUCGGGCUACGAGGAGCGUAUAAGGUUUUCGGAACUCGAGGUUGUGGACCGUGACGCCAUUGACACGGGUGUCCUGUCGACCAUGCCCGAGGGCAACUACCUCAACGGCUGGGAUGUCAACGUGUGUGCUGUCCGUAUCAGUUCGACGAAGAGGAACAUCAGACAUCAUAAGCAUGCAGAAUUCAUCCUGCGAGUAAAGAGGAAAGGCGAGAUGGAACAUUUCGUCGCCCGCAGAUACGGCGACUUCACUAAACUGCGUAAUGCGCUGCGGACAGAGCUGCCCGGAAAGAUCCUCCCGCCACUGCCAAAGAAGAAUAAGAGCAACACGUCUGCUGCGAGUAUUCUGGGUAACUUCUCGCGCAAAGAUGAUGAUGACGACUCCUCGGUGUCGUCCGUCUCAACACAAAUGACAGGCAAGGAGGGAUCCGAGGGCGGCAAAACUUUGUCUGUCAGGAGCCUUGCAGGCCACAGGAGGAGUGCUUCUUUGUCCGGCCGGGGAUCACCUCGUGUUUCCACGGAUGGUCAACGUAGCCCUGGCCAUAAAUCAGACACCAUACUGUUCCGCGAGAAUCAAAGGAUCUCGUUGAGAGCCUUCCUGCGAUCGCUGCUGCAUAACAACCAACUGGCCACCACCAAAGCUAUGCAAGAAUUUCUCACCCGUGACUCGAUAACGCCGACGGAUGAUGAUAUUCGGGACAUUGUACGAAGAAAGGAAGUUGACGAGAAGCGCAUGGAGGAACAAAAGAAGUUCUACGAUAUAGCACGAAAACGGGCAGCGGAGUUGGAUUCAUACAUGGAACAGUUCCGGCAAGAUAUUGUCGAACGCAACGGCCUCACUAUGCUUUUCCAAGAGAUCAAGGAGAAAGAGACUAUCCAGGACCUCAGCAUACAAUACCAAAAGUUUGCAGAAUGGCUGCGAAUCGAGGUGGCGGCUACCAUUUAUCACCUUUUCCUCGCUGAGGAUAACUCCCCAGAGCUGUUUGCGCAGGCCAAGAGGAUACAUUCCCUCAUGCCAUACACGCUUAUGAAAAAUGCAAUUCGGAUCGCAAACCCGGCGGCAGUCAUGUCUGGAAUCCUUGACAUCUUCCUGGCGCAACCGUUCGGCACAAGAUCGCUACUGCAGCGCAUCUUUUCAAUGACUCUGAAUGACGGCAUCCGAAAUUUCCAAAAGUCCAUCGAUGCGCUCGCGGCUAGGAUCGACGACCAGCUUUUCGUGGACAAGCUGAAGAAGUUUACUGAGGCCGAGGAGCAUAUCAAGUUGGCGAUUCGCGAAGAGGCCGAGGCUGACAGCGUCGACAUAGUCGUGGCAAUCCUGCGAUCUGAGCUAAUCGAGCCUCCGUUGACAGCUGAGCAGAUUGGGAGGCUCUACAACGCCUACGUAGCUUUCAACAGCGCCGUGGAGAACGUCGACGAGGAGCUGAAGCAGGGCGCACAACUCUUUUCGUACUUGAAGCAAAUGCUCAAGCUUCAAUUACGGCAACGCGACAAGGAAAUGAUGUUGCACCUGAUAGAGGAGCCCGUUACUCUUCAGCUGUUCAGAGAUCUUUUUACAAUAUUCUACGAGCCUUUGGUCCGCGUGUACAAAUCAGCCAACGUGUACAAUAGUAUUACGGAUUUUGCAGUAUUUGUAGACGACACGAUACAGGUUGUUGAUCAGUGUCGCGAGCAAGAUGCCUCUGCCGAUCCCAACCAGACUGUACAGGCAUUCAUUGAUCUUUGCCAAAGACACGAGCACAACUUUUACAAGUUCGUUCACGAAGUGCAUACACACGACAAUGGCCUCUUUACGCAGCUCAUGGGUUGGAUCGAAGGCAUUCUGGAGUUCCUUAGGCGCGGACCCAAGAAUGGCACUCUCGAUAUCAACGCGCUGUUCGAGGGUGGCGUCAGCACGGGGGUUGUGGACAAGGAAAAGGCGAUUGCGGAGAUAAACCAGCUGAUCGCGUGGCAAGAGGCGCGCAAGAAGUGGCACCAGGACAAGACGCGGCAGAAGAUGGCAGCGGAGGGCGGCGUGGACGGCGCCGUCGGUGUGCCUGUGGGCUUCAAGUCGAGCGACUUUGGGCUUGACCAGAUGGACUUGCAGGAUAUGGCCUACGACGACGACAGCGGCACAGACGAGGAGGACGCCGAGAUUGAGGACGAGCUGGACCCUGUCGAGGCCGAGCGCAGGCGCAGGGCCAAACAGCGUGACAGGCUGCGGAGGAGGGCAGGCGAGCCCGAGAAGCCGGCCAUUUCAGAGGUGCACAAGUUGAGAGAAAACUUCCUUUCGAUGCUGCGGAUGGUAUUGGCAGAGUAA